UUCCCUUCCGGCUAAAAAACUCCACAGUCCAAUGAGCUCACCCACAUGCAUACAUACUUCCGGACUUCUUGACCAAGACUUCAUGGCCAAGCUUUGCACGGCAGCAAGAGAGGAGGGGGAACUGGAGAGCACCAAGAUGGGCGAUCUUCUACUGCUGCUCUCUUGUAAUGGAGCAAAGGCUCAAAAGAUGAACGGCAUCGAGAAGCCUAUGGGCCGGGUGUACGAGUGCAAGACAUGCAAUCGCCGGUUUCCGACGUUCCAGGCGCUCGGAGGCCACCGGACGAGCCACUUGAGGCCGAGAAUCCGGAGGAAUCGGGUCGAGCCGCCCAAGAAGGAGAGGCCAAAGCAAAGGGUGCAUGAGUGCCCUGUUUGUGGCUUGGAGUUCCCCAUAGGGCAGGCCUUGGGCGGCCACAUGAGGAGGCACAAGCCCACGGAGGCCGGCGAGGUCCAUGCAGAGGAGAAAGCUGGUGCAGGGAAGAUAUUGUGGCUGGACUUGAAUUUGACCCCUUUAGAGAACGAUUUGGAGCUCACAACUCUAAGACUUGGAUUAGAGAUCGUAGAGGAGGCUUCUGGAUGUCAUCGAUUUUUGUAGUUGCUCCGGCGGUACAUAAGUAGACAGACUUGGAUUUCCUCAAGAAUUUUAUUGUUAUCCUAUUUAAUUUGUCUAUUUCUUGACUCUUUUUUCGGCGACUUUUGCGUUUUCUUUGUUUUAUUUCAUGCAUUUUGGGUAAACCUUAGACUACUUAUUGGAAAGUAUAAAUUUUCAUAAUAUGAGUUUAUGUGUUUGUUACAUGGAUAGCAACCACUCACCUUAAUUUCUUUUAAUUAA